UUUUUUUUUGGUGGAGACUGGAGAGAGGAGGUGUUAAUUGCUGUGGACGUGUCAUAUGACACGUGUUGAUGUAGUUGCUACUUGUUGCUAGAAAUUUGGCGCCAAACUAAAACUAUGAAUCAAAUUGCAGUCCAACUGUAAAUGUCUCAUCGAUUGCUCCAACGGAAUUUCAUCAGUUGGCGCUUCUCUCACUUCACUACAAUUUUCGCCACUUCUUCUCUUUCUUUCAUUAAUCAUCUUUCUUCAUAUCCCACAAUUCCUAAAACCCUAAAUCAUCCUUCUCUGCUACCCAAUUCUAGCUAUGAAAUUCGAGACUUUCUUGUUUAUAAAUUCCAGCAUUCUCAUUCCCGAAAUGAAGCUAACCAGCUUCAUCUCGGAAUUUACAAACAUGGGUUUGAAGCAGAUUUGUUUCUCGUCAACACCCUUAUCAAUGCGUAUGUCAGAAUCGCUGACCUUGUUUCAGCACGCCAGGUGUUCGAUGAAAUGCCGGAGAGAAAUUUAGUUACUUGGGCUUGCUUGAUUUCGGGUUAUAGUCAUAAUGGAAUGCCGGUUGCGGCGUGUGCUGCUUUCAGGGAUAUGUUUUUUGCAGGAUAUGCCCCGAAUAAUUAUGCAUUUGGUAGUGUGUUGCGCGCUUGCCAAGAGUUGGGACCCGAUUAUCUGAAAUUUGCUAUGCAGGUUCAUGGGUUGAUAUGGAAGACAAGCUUUUCUCAUGAUGUGCUUGUUAAUAAUGUGUUGAUAUCGAUGUAUGGUAGUUGUGCAGUGGACUUAUGGGGUCCUGCUAGGAGAGUGUUUGAUGAAAUAAAUGGGAGGAUUCUAGAAUCGUGGAAUUCUAUUAUUUCAGUGUACUCUAGAGGAGGAGAACCAUUUGGUGCUUUUGAGAUGUUGUCAAAGAUGCAACAUGAAUGUUCAGAGGUUGAUUUUAAGCCUAAUGCUUACACAUUCGCUAGCUUGAUUGCUGCUGCGUCUUCCUCUCCUCAUCUUGGUUCAUGGUUACUUCAGCAAAUAGCCUCGAGAGUUUUAAAAUCAGGAUAUCUAGAAGAUUUGUAUGUAGGAAGCGCCUUAGUCAGUGGAUUUGCAAAGUUUGGUAUGAUUGAUGUUUCAUGGAAAAUUUUUGAGUGUAUGAGUGCAAAAACUGCAGUCACUAUGAAUGGAUUGAUGGUGGGAUUAGUUAAUCAAAAGAGAGGAGAAGAAGCUGUUGACAUUUUCAAACAAAUGAAACAUUUGGUUGAAGUCAAUUCAGACUCUUAUGUGGUCCUCUUAAGUGCUUUUGCUGAAUUCGAUAACUUGGAAGAAGGAAGAAGAAAGGGUAAAGAGCUUCAUGCAUAUGCAAUCAGAAGUGGCAUAGGGAAUGUUAAGGUGGCCGUUUUCAAUGCCCUAAUUCAUAUGUAUGCAAAAUGCGGGGCUAUAGGAAGUGCUUGUGCGGUUUUUGAACAUAUGGGAGAGAGAGUUGUUUCAUGGAACUCCUUGAUAGCUGGUCUUGAUCAAAACGAACUGUUCGAUAAAGCUGUCACAAAUUUCUGCCAUAUGAGGAGAGCUGGUAUGAAGCCUACGAAUUUCGCAUUGAUAAGUUGUUUAAGUUCAUGUGCUAGCUUGGGUUGGUUGAGGCAAGGGGUGCAAGUACAUGCGGAGGCACUUAAAUUAGGACUAAAUUCUGAUGUCUCAGUUUCCAAUGCACUCCUUUCAUUAUAUGCAGAUACAGGUUGUUUCCAAGAAUGCCAGAAACUGUUUUCUUUGAUGUCACAGCAUGAUCACGUGUCUUGGAAUUCUAUAAUUGGUGCAUUGGCUGAUUCAGAAACAUAUGCAUCUGAAGCUGUGUCUUAUUUUCUAGAGAUGAUGCGAUUAGGCUGGACUCUUAAUGUGGUGACCUUAGUGAAUAUUCUUUCUGCAGUAUCUUCUCAGUCUCUUUCACUUUCUGAAUUAGGCUCCCAGAUUCAUGCAUUAGCAUUCAAAUACUGUUUCACAAAUACCUUAACAGUUGAAAAUGCACUUAUCUGUUGCUAUGGAAAGUGCAGCAGGAUGGAAGACUGUGAAUCAAUCUUUUCAAGAAUGGCUCAGAGGAGGGAUGAGGUUAGUUGGAACUCUAUGAUAUCUGGUUGUAUACAUAAUGAGCAGUUACCCAAGGCCCUCGAUCUUGUAUGGUUCAUGAUGCAGAAUGGUCAGAGGUUAGACCACUUCACCUUCGCCACUGUCCUUAGUGCAUGUGCCUCGAUUGCUACAAUGGAGCGUGGAAUGCAAGUCCAUGCUUGUCAAAUCAGGGCUUGUCUGGAAUCUGAUGUUGUGGUGGGGAGUGCAAUUGUUGACAUGUAUGCAAAAUGUGGAAGAAUAGACUACGCUUCAAGAUGCUUUGAGCUGAUGCCACGAAAAAAUUUAUAUUCUUGGAAUACCAUGAUAUCAGGUUAUGCACGGCAUGGACUAGUCGACAAAGCUUUAGAGAUUUUUGACCAAAUGAAGGAAGAAGGUCAACUGCCAAAUCAUGUCACUUUUGUUGGAGUCCUAUCUGCUUGUAGUCAUGGCGGACUGGUUGAAAAAGGUUUUCAGCAUUUUGAGUCCAUGAGCAACGACUAUAGAUUGGCUCCUCAAAUGGAGCACUUUUCAUGUAUGGUUGAUCUCUUUGGACGAUCAGGUAAGUUAGAUAAGGUUGAAGAUUUCAUAAACAAAAUGCCUAUGCAACCGAACAUUCUCAUUUGGAGAACUGUUUUGGGAUCUUGCUGCCGGACAAACGGGCGGUACAGUGAAUUAGGUAGGCGAGCUGCAAAGAUGCUUUUAGAAUUAGAGCCAGAAAAUGGCACAAAUUAUGUACUACUUGCUAACAUGUAUGCUGCUGGAGCUCAGUGGGAGAACAUGGCCAUUACUCGGUCUGCUAUGAGUUCAGCAGCAGCCAAGAAGCAAGCUGGAUGCAGUUGGGUUACUAUGAAAGACGGUAUUCAUGUGUUUGUUGCUGGAGACAAAUCACACCCUGAGAAAGGUGCAAUAUACGAAAAACUUGGAGAACUGCUGAGAAAAUUGAGGGAUGCUGGUUAUGUGCCACAGACAGACUCUGCUUUGUAUGACCUUGAGCCAGAGAGCAAGGAUGAACUCCUGAGUUAUCACAGCGAGAAACUGGCUAUUGCUUUUGUUCUUACCCGCAAAUCAACCUCCACUAUCAGGAUAAUGAAAAAUUUGCGAGUUUGUGGUGACUGUCACUUAGCUUUUCGAUACAUAUCUAAGAUCAUUGGUCGCCAAAUUGUGCUGAGAGACUCUAACAGAUUCCAUCAUUUCUCUCAUGGUGAGUGCUCAUGUAGGGAUUAUUGGUAACAUUAUCUCCAUAUAUUCUUGAGACCUUCAGGCCUUUGAAGUUUACAAUGAAAAUGCUGCUACUCUCACUGGAUUCUUUUUUCUUCAUCUGCUCUGAGCUUACAGAGCCUAAUAUGAUGAUUUAUGGCCUUAUGGGCGUAAAGCAGAGUAAUCAUGUUAUCUUGUAUCACUAGAACCACACUUGAACCAUGCUGGUAACUCAUAAGCAUUUUAGCUUUUUCCUUGAACUAUCAAAGGGGAAAAGAUUCGGAAAGCAAAUGCAAUUUUAAAGCAAUGCUCGACUUCUUAAGUGCAAGUUAUGGUCUUCAUCAGCAGAAAGAUCCAACUAGCAAACUACUUACAUGGCGCCUUGAGCUAACAACAAAGAGGCCUGCUGGCUGCAGAAAGAGUUUAUGGGAAGUUGAACAUGUUUCUUGGAGCAGUACAUGUAAAACGAGGCAGAUGAGAACUAAUUAUUCAGAUUUUGCUGAGCGUUCAACUAAAGCCAUAUCUGGCUUUGCAAGAACAGUACGUUGUCAAUGAUGCUCAAACUCCAUGACUUUUGCUUCACUUGAUUUAUCAGGUCAGCCAAUGAACAGCUGCUCUUUCUUCAUAUUGUGUGCAACUGAUUGGCCUACAAAAGCUUGGAUGCCGAUUCGUGAUUAUGUGAAAAUUUUAUAUGCCUGUC